AUGGUGAUGAUCGAAACGUUCCUCGGAAUGGCGAAAUACCUUUCGCCGAGAGAGGACGAUGAUUGGUCAGACCGUCUGAAUUAUCUGAUCACUCCAAAUCUCUUACUUGCAUUUUCCGUGCUCAUUUCAUUCAAACAGUUCGGCGGAAGGCCCAUCGAGUGCAUGUUUCCCAAUAAGUUUCCUGGAAGUUGGGAACAGUACGCCGAAAACUAUUGCUGGUCCCAGGACACCUACUUCGUUGAGCCAACUCAAGAUGUUUCACUUUUGAAACAAGAAGAAAGAUACACACCAGAUCGUCAGCUCUCCUACUAUCAAUGGGUGCCGUUUUUCCUUCUCCUCCAAGCCGCAUUUUUCAGAGCACCCAGUUAUCUUUGGAAGUAUUUUUCGAAUCAUUCAGGAAUCCGAAUUCAUGAAGUCGUUGAAAAAGCGAAAGAUAAUGCGAAUGUUGAAGAAGAAGUUCGUGAAAAGAACAUUGGAAUUCUUAAAAGACACCUUUCGAGUGCUCUCCGAUUUCAAGCAAAUAUGGAAUCAAAACGCGUACAAGUUCAUAAAACAGUCACUUUCUUAAACUUCCAAUACUCCUCUGGUUUCAUCUCCUGGGUCUACCUCUUCACAAAAUCCCUCUACUUCAUCAAUGUCUUUGCUCAAUUGUACUUGAUGAAUUACUUCCUCGGAACAAAUCGUCAUCAGUGGUACGGUUUUGGAGUUGUCAAGGACAUUGUCAAAGGAGAGCCUUGGGAAAGAAGUGGAUACUUUCCUAGAGCAGCUGUUUGUGAUUUUGAAGUCCGUCAAGUAGCAAACAUCCAAAGAUACUCUGUUCAAUGCGUUCUGGUCAUUAACAUUUUUAACGAAAAAAUUUUCGUACUGCUUUGGUUUUGGUACCUAAUUCUCCUUUUUGCUUCAACUGUUUCUUUUAUUCAAUGGUUCGUGGUUCUUGUGUUCCCUUGCUUCUCCAAUUGGUUCGUCAAACAACAUCUGGCUCUCAGCACUCUUCAGCAUUUCAAUCAACGAAACAGUCGACGUGAGAAUGCAGAUGUAUCGAAAUUUGUGACACAAUACUUGCAUAAAGAUGGAGUUUUUGUACUUCGAAUGGUCUCCUCGCAUGCUGGAAUUAUUUUUGCCACUGAUCUCGUGCAGGCACUUUAUGAAGCUUAUGAUUUUCAAGAUAAAAAUAAAUUGGACCAAGGAAGUCCAGUGAGUGACGAUCUUCAAACGAUCAGCACUGGUACAGGAUCAUCAAUUCGACAGAGAAAAAACAAGAAAAGCAGUAGAAUUGAGUAUAAGCCUGGAACCCCAUUCACUACAACUUUGAUGCCAGAAAAGGAUGACAUCGAAUCAAGUUCCACGUCAUCAGAAGAAGAUCAAAAGCGUGUCAGCAACGGAGUCACCAACAUUUAA